AUGUCCACCGGAACCCCCUCCGAGACCGCAAAGGCGCAAGCCUCCGCGUCCGCCAACGCGCCCUCCUUCGAGUCAAUCGGGAUCAAGAACAAGGACAUUGUCCAAAAGUCAGGCGUCUCGCUGUCCGACCAGCAGAAGGUCCUUGUUGGCAGCGUUCUCGACCUCUUUGAGGGAAACCCCACCCUCAAACACCUCUCCCUCUGGUCCAAAACCGCCACCUUCCAGGACAACAUCACCAUCGCCGAGGGCUACGACAAGUUCGCCGCGCAGUGGUACGGCCUGCCCGCGCUCUUCGACCCGAUCCGGAUCCAGUCGCACACCGUCACUUCCGCCGGCAACCCCAUCGAGUUCAAGCUCAAGAACACGUACACCGUUAAGGGCGUCAAGAGCGAGCAGACGAUGGAGAGCACCGUGCAGAUCGAGGUCGGCGCCGACGGCAAGAUCGCCAAGGUCAGCGACAAGUGGGACAACGAGCUGCCCGAGGGCGCGUUUUCGCAGGCUUUGCGGAAGCUGAAUGCUGUUACGGUGCCGACGUUGGUCAAGGUUCCCAAGACGGAGGAGGAGGACCAGAAGAUGAAGGCCGAGAGGGAGAAGAGGACCCAGUAA